AUGCAGUGGUUGAUGAGGUUCUGGGUCCUUUGGGGUCCCUUCAAAUCCUACCAUGUCUUCCACCCUGCUCCUCGCUCCUUGUGCUACCAAUCUUUAUCAGCAACUCGAGCCCUGAGGUGGAAUGACUAUGAUACACCAGAGGAAUUUAAUUUUGCAAGAGAUGUACUAGACUACUGGACUCAAACGGAAAAGGAGGGCAAACUAGGCCCAAACCCAGCCCUGUGGUGGGUGAAUGACAAAGGAGAAGAAGUGAAGUGGAGUUUCAGAGAGGUGACAGACUUAACCUGUCGUGUAGAUGCCUUCCCACAGACCUGUAACCCGCAGCAGGGAGAACGGCCAGCCUUGAUUCUGCGAGUGCCUGAGUGGUGGCCGGUGGCCCUGGGCUGCAUCCGAACAGGGAUUAUCUUCUUGCCAAGGACAGUCCAGAUGAAGGCCAAUGACAUUCUCUAUCGACUAACCAUGUCUGAUGCCAAGGGUGGACUUGCCCCAGAAGUGGACUCUGUGGCUUCCAAGCGUCCCGUGCUGAAGAUCAAGCUCCUGGUCUCUAAUCACAGCUGUAAAGGGUGGCUGGACUUACGGCCCCUGAUUAAAUCAGCAUCCCCAGAUCACACCUGUAUUAAGUCAAAGACCACGGCCCCAGUGAUAAUCUUCUUUACCAGUGGGACCACACGCCUCCCCAAGAUGGUGAAACACAGCCAUGGGCUUGCCUUACGAUCCGCCUUGCCCGCAUGCAGGAAAUUCCUGCAGCUGAAGACACAUGAUGUCUCCUGGUGCCUAUCAGAUCCAGGCUGGAUUCUGUUUACCUUUGGGUCCUCGUUGGAACCAUGGACGGCAGGGGCUACAAUCUUUAUCCAUCAUCUGUCCCAGUUUGACCCUAAGGUCAUUGUACAGACAUUCUUCAAAUACCCCAUCACUCACUACUUUUCUGCGACCUCUGUAUACUCUGUUGACACCUUGUCUCCCCCUAGCCUCAGGUUCCCCACCCUGGAGCACUGCUGUUCUGGUGGGGAGCCCCUGCUGCCUGAGGAGCAAGAGAAGUGGAGACAAGAGACAGGACUUCUGAUCCAUGAGGCCUACAGACAGUCAGAAACGGGACUAAGUUGUGGCACUCUCCGGGGAAUGAAGCUUAAGCCCGGUUCCAUGGGGGAAAACAUCCCACCCUUUGACAUCCAGAUCAUCGAUGACAAGGGCAACAUCCAGCCACCCAACACCGAAGGCAACAUUGGCAUCAGGAUCAAGCCCACCAAGCCCAUUGGCCUGUUCAUGUGCCAUGAGAAUGACCCAGUGAAGACAGCUGAAACAGAGUGUGGGGACUUUUACAACACUGGGGACAGAGCAACUAUUGAUAAAGAGGGCUACAUCUGGUUCUUAGGGAGGACUGAUGACAUCAUCAAUACCUCUGGGUACCACAUAGGGCCAUCAGAGGUGGAAAACGCCCUGGCCGAACAUCCAGCAGUGGACUCGUCAGCUGUGGUGAGCAGCCCAGACCCGAUUCGAGGAGAGGUGCAAGGGAGAGGGAGCUCAUCCGAGGAGGCACCUCUCUGCUCCGCGGGUGUCGACAAGGGCACCCUCUGUGACUGGAGCGAAGACCUCUGGCCCUACCCCCUCUCUGGGUUCCGCUGGUUUGGGGACAACCUCCGGACGCUGCGGCACCGAGUCUAA